AUGCAUUGUUGGAGGGCUUGUCAAUUAGCCUGUCAGCCACUGGACAAUCCUUGCAUCGGACAACCGGCUACUACUGCUGCAGGGCAGGUCCUUUUCUGUUCAUCAACCAACAAGGAUACUUGCCCAGUAAACUUCUGGUGUCACAUUGGUGCAACACCAGAGACGACAGUUUGUUGUCCGGGUGCGACAAAUGCUUGCUCCGUGCCGCUGGCUCCUGGCACUGGCAACUCUGGAUUGUCACGGUGGUACUACAAUACAGACGAUAGGGUAAGAUCAAUUUUUGACUUCACUCCCUCAAAAAGACAGUGGAAGGCUUUCUAUGCUAUAUUUGUAAGAAUAAUGCAUACUUUUGGAAAAGAUUAGAG